AUGGCUGGCCUACUCGGCGCUAAUCUUAACACUGAGAAUUCAACAAAAUACUACCAAGAUAUUAACCAACUUAGCGUUCGAUCUUACACGGAGCUGCUCGCCGAGGAACGCUCAAUGGAUAAAGAUUUCGAAGAGGGUACCGGCAAUGGAAGUACACGAAAUCAUCUAAGUCCUUCGGAUAACAUACAGGAACUGAAUGAACUGAGUGUGCGUUCUUAUACUGAGUUGCUACCGACUGAGAGAAGUGCUCCGGGUACCAGUGAUGGGGUCAAAGGGAGCGUUAACUAUGACGUCAUAGAGAAUGAUCCGUACCUACGAGAUGAGCAGGCCAGCGGAUAUAAGGGUGUUAUAAAGAAGAAUCUUGCUAAAUGGCUGGUUAUGUUCUUAAUUGGUGUGUUUACUGGUGUUAUAGCAGCUUGCAUAGGCAUCACUGUUGAACAACUUGUAUCACUGAAAGUCGCAGUCCUUAAUUCGUCAGAUAUUAAUAAAUGUGUGGACAAUGAUUGUUUGUAUAUUCCAUUCUUUAUAUGGCUGUCUAUGAAUAUAGUUGGAGUUCUUAUAGCAGGAGCACUUGUUGUUUUUGGAUCGCCUGUAGCUGCAGGUAGUGGUAUACCUCAAAUUAAAUGUUAUUUAAAUGGUGUGAAGAUACCCAAUGUUGUUGCUAUGAAGACAUUGGUCUGUAAAGCAGUAGGUGUGGCAAUGUCUAUGUCUGCUGGAUUAGCUGUAGGAAAGGAAGGGCCAAUGAUUCACUCAGGUUCUGUAGUAGCUGCUGGAAUAUCGCAAGCAAGAUCCAGAAGAUUCAAAUCGUUAGAUUUUAAACUUUUUAAAUACUUUCGCUGUGACACCGAAAAGAGAGACUUCAUAUCAGGGGGUGCAGCGGCCGGCGUGGCGUCAGCAUUUGGUGCUCCAGUAGGGGGUGUGUUGUUCACUCUAGAAGAAGGUGCUAGUUUCUGGAAUCAAAACUUGACAUGGAGAAUAUUUUUCUGUUCCAUGGUGUCAACAUUUUCUGUGAAUGUUAUACUCAGCGCUGUUCACGGCCAUCCAGGUGACCUCAACUAUCCAGGCUUGAUUAGUUUUGGACGAUUUUCAGUAAGUAAGAAUUUAAAAUAUGAUUGGUAUGAACUAUUAGUGUUUAUAUUGAUGGGAAUCAUGGGUGGACUAACUGGAGCGCUGUUUAAUUUUAUAAAUAGAAGAAUAACUAUAUUAAGACAAAGGUUUAUAAAUAACAGACUAUCAAAAAUGUUGGAAGUAGUUGUUGUGUGCACGGUUACAACCAUUGUAGCAUUUAUGUUAAUCUAUUUCACUAAUGAUUGCCAUUCUAUGAAGAUAUUGAACUCUACAUAUGAUGUUGAAACAGAGAAAUACCAAGUGCAGUUUCACAUCAUGGACAGUGAUGGUGAAAAUGUCACAAUGUUGGAUAGAGCAUACAAUCCAGUAUCACUUGCAUUGUUUUUCAUCUGCUAUUUUUUUUUGGCUUGUUGGACUUAUGGUCUACCUGUUCCUAGUGGUAUAUUUAUACCAUCAUUAUUAACUGGUGCUGCAUGGGGUAGACUGAUUGGUAUGCUGGUCAAUUCAAUGGUAGAUGACACGGUGAGUAAUAUAGAUGUUGGGAAGUAUGCAUUGAUUGGUGCCGCUGCUCAGCUCGGCGGUAUACUGCGAAUGACAAUUAGCUUAACUGUAAUACUUAUAGAAGCUACGGGCAACAUGUCUUUCGGGUUACCAGUGAUGUUGGUAUUGAUGAUGGCACAGUGGGUCGGUAAUAUGUUUAAUAAAGGAUUAUAUGAUAUUCAUAUAUCUUUAAAUGGUGUCCCAUAUCUAGGAUGGGAAGCGCCACCUAUGUCAGCUAAAAUAUUUGCCAGGGAAGUGAUGUGUGCUCCAGUAAUCACACUGCAUACAGUUGAGAAGGUUGGUGAUGUGGUUGACCUUUUGACCCGUGAAAUACACAAUGGUUUUCCUGUUGUAGAUGAAUUGGAAGAAGAUGAGCAGUUAGAAGGAAAUCAUGGGCGACUGAAGGGGCUUAUACUGCGUGAGCAAUUGUCAGUGUUAUUGAGACACAAGGUAUUCCUGAAAGUGGAUGACAUGAAUAAUAUACCGCAGCAUUUGGUGGAUGAAGUCUCUCAGAAAUUGACGUUGACUGAUUUUCGGGAUGCGUAUCCAAGGUACCCUCAUAUUGAGGAUAUUGUUAUCACACCUGAAGAAAGAGAGAUGGUUAUUGUUCUGACUCCAUUCAUGAAUCCAUCUCCUUACUCAGUAGUAGAGGUACGAAACAUCAAAGUUGACAAAAGAAUUAACGAAGUGGUGAAUCGACUAAACAAGACGAAAGAAGAACGGCAUCCCGAUCUGCAAGCUGAACGAGAACAGCGAGAUAAGGAGGAGAGGGCUAAGCAAAGGAAAGUGGAGAAAUGUAAAAGAGAACAGGAAAAAGAGGAAGCCAAGAGGAAAAAGGAAGCGGCUGAGCUAAGAAAUUAUUCUUCGUUGAUGUCAUCUGAUCAAAUGACUUCCAAUCAAGAUGGCGGAUAUGAUUCGGAUGAAUUCAUGUAACCAUGGCAGCAGAGGGCACUGAAUUAUUCUAGCAUCCUUCAUUCCAACUGACAUUGAUCUAAAACGAUUUUUGUACAUGAAAGAGUUUUUAGAUUCGAGAUUUUCAGAUGUUACUGGUUUUUGAGUGUUCAGUACUUUUCACUGCGAGGGAUACUCUGCGAUAUUAGAGGCAUGCACAUGUCCAGUAAGCACAGUGUGUAUGAUCACACAUAUGUAAAGAACCCUGAAAACAACAAUGCACAUUAAAUGGAAUAUUAUUAGUUGAAUGUA